AUUAUUUUCCGUCUUUAUCUUCACUUCGCUGCGAAGAUGGCGUCUGGCAGUGGGACUAAAAAUCUGGAUUUCCGCCGAAAGUGGGACAAAGACGAAUAUGAGAAACUUGCAGAAAAACGACUUAAUGAAGAAAGAGAGAAAAAAGAUGGAAAACCAGUGCAGCCUGUCAAGCGGGAGCUCUUGCGACACAGAGACUACAAGGUUGACUUGGAGUCUAAGCUGGGAAAGACUAUUGUUAUCACCAAGACCACCCCACAAUCUGAAAUGGGAGGGUAUUACUGUAAUGUCUGUGACUGUGUAGUGAAAGACUCCAUCAACUUCUUGGAUCACAUCAAUGGCAAGAAACAUCAGCGGAACCUGGGCAUGUCAAUGCGUGUGGAACGGUCCACUUUGGACCAGGUGAAGAAACGCUUUGAAGUGAAUAAGAAGAAGAUGGAAGAAAAACAAAAGGACUAUGACUUUGAGGAGAGGAUGAAAGAACUCAGAGAGGAGGAAGAGAAGGCCAAAGCCUACAAGAAGGAGAAACAGAAGGAGAAGAAGCGAAGGGCAGAGGAGGACUUGACAUUUGAGGAGGAUGAUGAGAUGGCAGCUGUUAUGGGCUUCUCUGGCUUUGGCUCCACCAAAAAAAGCUACUGAUUCCCUCUGAACUUGUCUUAUUCCCAAGCCUGACUCUGUGGGAUCACUAAUAUCCAAGACAAUUGGGGAAAUUCUUCAAAGACCUGACAUGUAAAGGGAAGAAAAGAAUUUGUUUCUCUCCCUUACAGCCAGAGUGUGGCCAGGAUCUGGAGAAGUUGGGCUCCAGCCCUCUAAUUUUCAUAUUUAAUGGAGCUGCAGUUCAUCUGUCCUAACUUCCUAAUAAAACAGAAACCUCCCACUCAUCAGCUGCUUCCCCAAAGCUCUUCCUGCAACCAUCCUUUUCUCUUCCCUUCUCCCUCCCACACUGAUUACCAUAAAAUUACCCAAAUUUCUGUUUUUGUUCUCUUCAAGCCCUUGCCUUCUCUACCCUACCUCACCUUACACCUCCAGUGUUCUGGCUGUUUACUCCUAAUGUUCUGUGGCCAUGUGUGUGCACAUAUAGUGUUCUGCCAGGUACUUGUGAGUGUGUGUGUAUGUGUGUGUGCAUGAAGAAUUCCUGUAGAGGACUGGAGCCCAAGCCAUAAGGCCACAGCUGCUCUCAUUACUGAUGUCUUAGGCUGCGGGCACCUCCUGUGGCUUGUUUUAGAGCAUGUAACGGGGAAUUAAAUGAAUGAGUGUUUGCUAUGGUUUGUUUCUGAUGAGUUAUUUGAUCUUUUAUUUAGUCCUGGGCUGUUUUAGCUUUUUAAUUUGUAUAUCUUAGAUGAAAAUUACUCUGUUUUUGUCUUCCUUGUAUUUAGGCUCCAAUAUGAGUUUUAACUGAUGCAAAAAGCCCCAGUGUGGGAUUUUGUGUGUGCCUAGGGAUAAACUAACAUAUAUAAUUAAAGGGAAAAAAGUAUGUUGGCUGGAACUAUUUCUCAUAAUAGAACUGGAUAUAUCAUCUUUCUUUUGUGAUCUUUGCUUUUUCACACUGAUGCUUUUUGCACAGAGCCCAAUCUUAAAUUUUCCCAUUUAUUAACCUUUCUGUAUGAGUGCUACAGCCUUUUUUCCCCCCACUUUCAGAUUCAACUUUCUUCUCUCAUAGUCAAUAUUGUUCUGUUUUUUGACUUCUAAUAGAGUCACUAUACACUUGACUUUUAGCAUAACAGCUCAUUACUGCUUUUGGGGUCAGAUCAUUACUAACUUCAGCAGGCAGAACUAUGAAGACUUCUGAUCCUCAGGUGAGCAGCAUGAAAGGAUAAACAUUUUAAAACAUUCAUUUGGUGGUGGUGGGGGGGGGGGGUGGACUUGGAAGGAUCUUGGAUUUGGGACAUUAAGGAGUUAGUUCCCUUUGGGGAGGGUUUUGAGUGGAAUGGUUUAUCUGGUGAGUCAGUGGAAGAGAGGAGACAGUAGGUAGAUUCUACUGUAAAAGUUUUCCAUCAGCAUUCUCCCUCCCCUCAACCCCCAUUUCUUUCCUUUUCCCUCCCCCAUUUCCGACACAUGAGAAUGAGAUCUGGUGGUAUAAAUAUUCCAUCUCUUAUACCUAUUUCAUAAGUCAGGCUGGCACACUUAGGCAGGAUACUAGUAAAGUCUGUUAAUUGACUUGCUUUGUUGCCAUAGUGAAGGGCAGAUUUAUUUUUUAUUUUUGGGGAAAUUAGUGUUUAUUCUUGCUUUGCUCUUCUGAUUCAGAUUUAUAGCAUCAGUACCUGUAAACAAAACUUUCCAAUGUGCCUAAUAAUCAUUGUCUGAAUUUGAGUUAUAUCUACAGUAGUAAAUGUGUACCAAAAUUCCAAAAGGAUAAACUUGUACCAACAGGGAACCAAAUAAAGUGAGUCUGUGUGGCAUCCCUUUAGAUGACAUAAAUCAA